CAAUAAAUGUGCAGUCCCAGGAAUAUCUUCUUCCCUGGCUGGUCCUUUGUGCUUUUGUUGAGGGUCCCUGGAAAUGUUGUGCUUCUAGAGGAGUAGGUGACAUCCCUGCGCCUGCAUCAAGUCUGCAAAGUUUGGAGCAGCAUCAGCAGCUGGCGUAUGACAGAGUAGGAGGGAGUUUAACUCCUAGACUCAGCAAAGUCUGCUAGUUAGAGCUAUCUCCUUCUUUUUUCAGGGAGUUGGGACUGAAAAGACUGAGGGCUGAGCCCUUCAUAAGGUUAUCACCUAGCUAGGCUGUCACUGACUACUUGCAAUAUGGACAUGUAACAACUGAGAGGAGCACCAGGCUAGAGACUACUCAAUAGAGGCACCUCCAAUCUGCCCGCAUUGCCCACUACUGUGCCAACAUGAAAGACGACUUUGCAGAAGAAGAGGAGGUGCAGUCCUUUGGAUAUAAGAGAUUUGGUAUACAAGAAGGCAACCAGUGUACAAAGUGUAAAAAUAACUGGGCACUGAAAUUUUCGAUCGUUGUGCUGUAUAUUCUGUGUGCCUUACUCACCAUCACAGUAUCCAUACUAGGAUAUAAAGUUGUAGAAAGAAUGGAUGGCGUUUCAGAUGACAUGGAAAAGUCACACAUGGGUUACAAUAAUAAAAUCUCAGAAGUGGAGCAGAGCAUGAAAAAAUUAGAUGACCAAGCAGGAGAAAAAUCAGACAGCACCAACAGUGAGCUAUCAAGUGUGAGGUCAGAUAUUGUGGCUAUUCGCCAGCAACUACGAGAGAUCACAGAAAAAAGCAGCAGGAACAAAGAUGCUCUGGAGAACCUAAAAGAGUCUGGAGACCUUCUGGAUGCUAAACAAAGCCAAAUGAAAAGUGCAUUAGACAAUAACUCUCUAAUGAUUAAUGGAAUCAAUCAAACAUUGCAAGUCUAUAACAGUUAUGUAUCUAGUCUGCAACAAGAUACCACCAGCCUUCAAACCAACCUUCAACAACAGAUGCAAUCAAGCAAUGUAAUCAUUAUGAGUGUUAGCAAUUUGAAUUUAACACAAACCCAGCAGAGGACAGUUAUAAGCACUUUGCAGAGGUCUGUGGAUGAUACCAGCCAAGCUAUACAACGUAUCAAGAAUGAUUUUCUGAGCUUACAGCAGGCUGUUCUUCAAACUAAAAAGGACACGGAAUGGCUAAGAGACAGGGUACAAAACUUACAAAGCAUCGCAUCUAAUAACUCGCUUCUUGUCAAGGCCAACAAUGAGACAGUAGAAGAUAUGGGCAAUCAGCUAAAUGCUCUUAAUGGCCAAAUUGACAACAUCACAGUAAUUGCCCAGACAAAUGAACAAAAUCUAAAGGACCUCCAGGACUACCACAAAGAAUACGAGAAUAGGACGAAUGCUAAAUUCAACUAUUUGGAAGAACGUUUCCAAAAAUUUGAGGACGAUAUAGUAGGAAUUAUCAGCAAUAUUAGCCAUACCGCUCACCAUCUCAGGACGCUGACUAGCAAUCUAAAUGAUGUGAGGACCACUUGCACUGAGACACUGACUAAGCACACAGAAGAUUUAAAUCAGUUAAAUAAUUCUCUCACCAAUGUUCAACUGGACGAAACAUUCCUAAAAGCUCAGCAGGACAAUAUGAGACUAAGAUUAGAUAAUGAAGUAGCUAAUUUAUCAGUUAUCAUGGAAGAAAUGAAGCUGGUUGACUCCAAGCAUGGACAGCUGAUUAGGAAUUUCACAAUACUUCAAGGACCACCAGGUCCAAGGGGACCUAAAGGAGAGAGAGGAACACAAGGUCUCAUGGGAACUGUUGGACCAAAAGGACAAACAGGAGAAAAGGGAGAACCAGGGGUGCCAGGGCCUGCUGGUGAAAAAGGACCACCUGGACCAAUAGGACCUCCAGGCGAUAAAGGUUCAAAAGGCUCAAGAGGUUCGCAAGGCAACAAAGGGCAAAGAGGAUCACCUGGUAAACCUGGAGAACCCGGACCAAAAGGAGAUCCAGGUGUAUCAGGACCACCUGGAACAAAUGGACCACCUGGACCAUCUGGGCCUGCAGGCCCUCAAGGAGUUAAAGGAGUCAUUGGGGAGCCUGGAGUUCCUGGUGUCAGAGGGGCACCUGGUCCACCAGGUAUACCUGGACUGCCUGGACUUCCAGGACCUAGAGGACCACCUGGACCACCGGGAGAUGCUGCAAAAGCCUUGUUAGUUCCUGAUGCUCCCACAACAGAAUUCAUGAUGAGUCCUUCAGUGACUGGUUGUCCAUUUGAGUGGAGGAAUUAUACUGAUAAGUGUUACUAUUUCUCAAGUGGAAAAGAUAUAUUUGACGAUGCUAAACUUUUCUGUGAAGAUAAAGGAUCAAUGUUAGUUGUCAUAGAAACUAAAGAAGAGCAGCAAUUCAUUAAGAAACAAACAAACAGUAAAGGAAAUUUCUGGAUUGGACUAACUGACAGUGAAGAAGAGCAUGUAUGGAAGUGGAUGGAUGGAACUCUUCCAAGCUUCACAAAUUGGAAGCCUGGCCAACCAGACAACUGGACUCCCGAAGAUGGACCUGGAGAAGACUGUGCAGGGUUAAUAUAUUCAGGCUUGUGGAAUGAUUUCCAUUGUGCAGAUUUAAAUCACUUCAUCUGUGAGAAACCAAGGGAUAAAGAUCAGCCUACAGAAGUAUCAUAGACUAAGGCAUUGUGCGGGGGGUUGAGCGGACAUGGAAUAUAAUAUUAGAACUACUUUGGAGACUGUUUUUUCCAAGGAGAACAAAAAACUGGAUUGUGCUAUACCAACAAAAUCACAAAAACAAGCACUGAAACUGGGCCAACAUGAACUUCCGCAAUCUAUUAUUAUAUUUUCAAGAACUUUGCUUGCGGAUUGAACUUCAACUAUUAACCUAGAGUUAGAGAUAUGUCUAAUACAAUAUAACUAUCAACAGGGAAAAUAUCGAAACACAGUUUCACAAUUACCUAUGCAAUGUCUGCUUGAAAAAUGAUUUUGGAUAUAGAUUUGGCAACACCAUCCACACAGUGUUGUUUAUCUAAAAUGCAAGCUCGUUAAUAAGGCAGAAAAUAAUACAGGUUUAUAGCUGGUUUCUUACUCAGUGGAAUAUAUUUUUUAAAAAAGCUUUUGAAAACAUUUGUAUUUUUGUACAAGAUAUUUGCAUUUUAUUAUUUUUGUAUGUAUUAUAGAGUUUCAGUGCCAAAGAACAUAUUAUUCAUUGUAGUAGAAACAGCUAAUCAUUUAAAGAGAAUUUUAUCACUCCGAUGUUGCCAAUUUAAUACUCCUCUGUUUUAAUUGUAGAAAAUGUUUUUCUGUGGUACACAAACAGGAUCUCAGUGGUCAUGUAACAAGGCCAAACCUAGAACUCAAAUUACUUUGUUUCAGUUGUACCUUAAAAAGAAACAUAAUCCCGUUUGUUACAGGCCUGUGUUGUACAACGGCGUUAUCCAAUUCCAAAUGGAACAUGAGCCUCUUGCACUCUCGGCCAGAACAUUUGUUUAUUGAAGCUAUGGUCUUAUAAAUGUCAGUUGGGGCCUUUUACACUUAGUAUCCAAUGUGAGAUUUGAAGGUAAAACCUAUUAUGUUGUGGCAUGUCUGUUUUUAAAGAAUGUGAGUAAACUAUACUGAAAAUUUG